GAGUCAGGAUGUGUUUUGUGUCUAUUAAUUGAUGGAAAUGUUUCCCUCAGAAAGAAAGAUGGAUCGUAAUGAUGAGAGAAUCAAAAGAGCUUUAAGACGCCGCCCUUAUGUGUUGAAACCAGUUAGGGUGAACACCCCUGAUUCCGUGUUGUGGCCAACCGGCAAGGUGCACAGAAGGCCAAAGCCUUCUAAUUCAGUGCAGACCCCUCAGAUCCACAAAAGGCCUGUAAGUCACAUUCAAAUUCAACCACAUAACAGUCCUUAUAUUAUUUAUUGAUACACAAUUCAAGGCCAAUAUGAGCAAAGCAGUGUUGAAUUCAUUCUUUACUGUUAACAGCCAAUCAUUGUGAGCUAUGGGCAGGACCAGACAUCUGGGGAUGGAUGGAGCAUCUAUCCAGAGCCUCUCAGCCAGGUCAUCUCUGCUGUUCCCAUACAACAGUUUGAUCAAUCUGUUGAUUCAUAUGGCCAUUUUGGUUGGCUUGGUUGAAUUGACAAUUAUCCAUUCGAGAUGCUAAAGAAUCCUGUACUAUGGAAGAUCUUUUGCCCCACCCCUAAUGUUAUGGGAGUUGCAUUUAUUGCAUUUUCAGUUACCCAUGUAUUACUCACUACUUGUACAACCAUGUUGGAUUGCCUACAUAUUCUAUGUAUUCUAUGGCUGCCAUGAGUACAUGCCUUUCUCUGUCUCCUCAGUCUGGAAGGGUGACUCGGAUAAUAGAGAGAGAAUAUCAUGACGUGAUCUCAUCCUCCAGUUCUGAUGACUUUUCCAUCUACUCCUUCACUGACUGUGAAUCUGAGUGUGAUGAUGAGGAUCAUGAAAGGAGGACACCAAAGCUGAAAGUUGAGAAUGGAAAGGUGACAAAGCUUGAUGUGAAGGAUAUGGACGAGGAUGAUGAUCUGUCUCUCCACUCCUUCGAUGAGUCAGACUUCCUGAGCCCAGGGGAGGUCUCAGGUCCUGUAUCUGUCAAGAAUGGCCUCUCUCCUCUUGUAACCUCAGCACACCGGACACUGGCUGAAACCCUACGGGCCCUGCCCUCUGCUGUAGGCUCUCCCUACCCAGUAAAUGUUCCAAGGCCUCGGAGUCCUCUCAACCCUGUCAUUAUCGCUCCGCCCCAAACAGAGAACUUUCCAUACCGCCACAGCCCUCGCCUGGCUCCCAUCACCAAUGUGAGCGAGACCGGCAGGAAGCUGCUUCAGGAAAUGGCUGGAGUGGCCCCACAGGUUUCUUCAGUGGCUGCUGCCCAAACUGAGAUGUUCAAAGACAUAAUGGCCAACUAUUACUUCUACCACACACACGCACACACACACACACACAUAGAUUUUGAGUAUUGGUUAUUCCUACAACACACACAAACGUAAUUUCAGAGACAGGAACUAUGAUUAGCAAAAUACAUAUUUUGGUCUCAUUCUUAUAUUUUGAGACAUGCAGCAUUUUUAAUUUUUUUACAUUAUAUUGAUCCCUAUACAGCCUAUGAUAAUGAGCUGGAUUUACAUGCUUAGGCGUGGAAAUAUAGCCAGGAGAAGCAGUGUCAACACCUCUACUCAUACCAUAAGUGCCUUGACAUCUUUAGUAACCACAGAGAGAUAAGACCUCUGUCUCCACAGUCUCAUGCAAAGGACAUCACCAACCUUAGGGCAGUGUCACUGGUAUUGGGGUCUUCGGUCUCCUUUGGCCAAAGUGAAGAGUUGAGGGCCCCUUACUGGUCUCCUUGCAAUAUCUGGUCUCCCACACAGAGAUGGAAAUCUACACCUGUUUAGACCUUGGAGGAUAUGGCUUCAGAUGAAAGACAGCAGAGAGAUGCAGAACGUAAAAGCUUCAAACACUGUGAUAUGCAAAUGUAGGACCAUUGUACACUGAAGUGAAGCAUGCAUCUGGUCUGAAGCAUGUCAAAAGAGUAGAAAUGAACUGGGACUGGAGGAAUACAUCACAUUUAAACUAAAUUAGCAUCCGUCUGAUGUAGCUACACUCAUCUGUACUUGAAUUGUGCUGUUUGAAACGUGGUUUUCCAAUAAAGAUUU